UUAACGAAGUUUCGAUAUUAAUCAUAUAAUACGUAUUUGUUAUGAUCAGUUCAAUUUGAACAAGAUUCUAUUUCCACAGAGACUAAUAAAAGUAUACAAUUUUUGGUACAUAACCCUUUCGUCGGGCUUUUUCCAAUGUUGUGUUAUGUCACAGAAGUAACGAAACUAUUUGUUGACCGACAGCUUGAAAAUAAUUAGUUUACAUACUUGAAAUUGUGCAUAUAAAAUAUAGUUGAUAAGUAGCCGCAAUGUCUGUGCUAAUUAAAUUGUCGAAAUUUCCACAAAAUUUAAAUUCCUUCAAACAUAUCAUUCAAACAUGUCCAAGAAGAAACGAAAGUUUCUCGUCGGCGGCUCGAGAAUCCUCAAGAAGAACUAUAUUAAAAGCAAGUCUAAUAGGAGUUUCUGUUGGGGUGCUUACCACGGCAGGUUAUUCCAUUUAUUCAAGUAUACAAAGUUCUAAAACGUAUCAUCUUGAAGGGAAAGAACAGAAAUUCGAAGCAUUGAAAGAAAAACCACAAGUACCAGUUUCAAGAAAGAUUAUUUCACCAACAGACACAAGUGGAUUGAAAUUGACCCUUUUUCAAUAUCAAACAUGUCCAUUUUGUUGCAAGGUCAGAGUCUUCUUGGAUUACUAUGGUUUGUCUUAUGAUGUUGUGGAAGUAGAUCCAGUAUUAAGAAAAGAAAUAUCAUGGUCACCUUAUAGAAAAGUACCAAUACUUUUAACUAAAACGAAAUCUGGUUAUCAGCCUUUGAACGACAGUUCUAUGAUUAUUUCGCUCGUGUCGUCACACCUGAAGGACAAGUCACAAAAAAUUGAAGAACUAAUAGACUAUUAUCCAAGUAUUGCAAUGCACGAUAAAAAUGAUAAGUUGAAAUACGAAAUUAUGAAUAAAUAUUAUCUGAUGUAUAUGGAAUCUUUACCAGAAAAGACCACCAUUGAUGGUGUUAUGGAAGAACGUAAGUGGAGACAAUGGGCUGACGAUUCGCUUGUUCAUACCCUGUCACCGAAUGUAUAUAGAACACUCGAUGAAGCCUACAAUACGUUUAACUGGUUUUCCCAAGUUGGUAAAUGGGAAGAAUAUUUCCCUACGUGGGAAAGGUUUAUAAUGAUAAAUGUGGGUGCUGUAGCUAUGUGGAUGAUUUCAAAACGUCUAAAGAAAAGGCACAGUCUUAAAGAGGAUGUUCGGCAGUCUCUUUAUGAUGACAUUAACAAAUGGUUAAAAGCUAUAAAGCAGCGCGGUGGCACUUUUAUGGGAGGAGAAACGCCGAACUUAGCAGAUCUUGCUGUUUAUGGAAUUUUGAAGAGUAUAGAAGGGUGUAAUGCUUUCCAAGAUGUCUUAAAUAACACAAAACUUGACGCAUGGUACAGUGCUAUGAUGAAAGAAGUGGAUACUCAUUCUGGUAGUAGAUACUUGGUUAACUAAGUAAUGUAAUUAUUAAUUUCUUUUAAAUCUGUUACUUGACUCAUUUUCAUUAAAAUCACUACGUUCAAGUGAAUCGAACAAUGAAGUAUUGAUUCGUUCAAUUAUGUUAUUGUAAAAAGUUAAA